GACCAAUCGGCGCUGCGCUGCCGGAGUGUUGGCUCCUCUUAACACCGAGACACGGGAACGAGCGAGGACGAGGAAAUUGUGCCACUCAGCCCGGAAUGGCUCCAAAAGCCCUCGGAGGCCUGUAGAGCCGCGGUCGGUGGAUUUUUGUCCGCGUUCCGCCGACUCCCAGCCGCUCCCCGCGGCGGAUUACCGAGUUCGGCCCCGGGCGGACGGAAUGGAUCAGGCCAUGGCCCUAACAUACUGAAUAGCUGCUCUUCGGCUGGGGAGGGGGGGAGGAGGCGAGGCGCACACCGUGGAGACAGUUCAUGGGGGCAUCGUGCGGGAAGGAAAAUGGUGGAUUAUUUUCAGAUUGUCAUAAAAAGCCUCCGUCUGGAUUUCCUGCUGUGAGACUGUGAUCCGUGGCAGCGCCGAGCGCGUUUCGGCCGCGUCUACAGUGACUGAGGUCGUGUUGGUAGGUAGGUAGGUACCCCCCCCCCCCCCUCUCUAAACCCCCAGUCCUCCUUAUCCAGCCCGACCCGAGCCACUCUGUCCGUUCUGCCUCAUAUUUCCUUUGAGUUUUAUCUUUGGAUUCUUCAGGAACAUUCGGAAAGAAUAAACCGUGGAAUUACCGAGAAAUGGAUUUCACCAGCGGAGGCGGCGGCGGGGGGGGCAACGAGCUGCACAACAACCAGUUCUAUCAGUGCGAGGAGAGCAAACCUCUGCUGGGGGAGAUGUCAGAGGGGAAUAAUAACAACAAGCUGGGCGCGGGGUCGUGCAAGAGGCCCCUGCACUACUGCAGCGGCAGCGGGAUGCGCUACAAGUUGCUCCACGAGGGCGACAUCCAGGUGUGCGUGGUCAAGCACCCGCGCACCUUCCUCAGCAAGAUUCUCACCUCCAAGUUCCUGCGGAGGUGGGAGCCGCACCACCUCACGCUUACGGACAGCAGCUUGACCUCCGCCACGCCCACGGGUUACAUGGAAACGUCAUUGUCCUACAGCUCCAUAGAGGACCUGCAGCUCCUCUCCUGGGACAACGCUCCCAAGUACUGCGUCCAGCUCAGUUUCCCUGGAGACACCGUCCUGCUGCAGGCUGCAAACAGCUACCUGAGGGACCAGUGGUUCCACUCCCUGCAGUGGAAGAAAAAGAUCUACAAGUACCGUAAGGUCCUGAACAACCCGAGUCGCUGGGACGUGGUUCUGAAGGAGAUCCGAGCGCUGGUGGACAUGGCUCUGACGUCUCCUCUGCAGGACGAGUCCAUCCACCAGGCUCCGCUGCACAUCAUCUCCACCCUGCUGGCGGAGAACUCAAACCUCAGUGCUCAGGAUCAUGAGAACAUCAUCGUGGCCAUCGCUCCUCUCCUGGAAAACAACCACCCACCUCCUGACCUGUGCGAGUUCUUCUGUAAGCACUGUCGGGAACGGCCACGCUCCAUGGUCGUGAUUGAAGUCUUCACCCCUGUGGUCCAGAGAAUCCUCAAACACAACAUGGACUUUGGGAAGUGCCCUCGACUGCGUCUCUUCACUCAGGAGUACAUCCUGGCUCUGAAUGAGUUGAACGGUGGGAUGGAGGUUGUGAAGAAGUUCGUACACAGCAUGCACGGUCCAACAGGGCAGUGCCCUCACCCCCGUGUCCUGCCCAACCUGGUAGCCGUGUGUCUCGCCGCCAUUUACUCCUGUUAUGAGGAGUUCAUCAACAGUCGGGACAACUCGCCGAGUCUGAAGGAGAUCAGGAACGGCUGCCAGCAGCAGAAUGAGCGUAAGCCCCCGAUGCCGCUCCGCCUGCUGCGUCCAGAGCCCCCGGCGCCGCCUCCUGCCACCCUCCUCCCCAUCUCCACCAGCCCCAGUCCUUCUCCGCCCGCCCAGACAAACCCAGCCAUCCCCAUCUCCACGCCACCGCCCUCCCUGCCACUCUCUCCUCCGCCCUCCAUCGUCAACUCCAGCGAGAUCCUGGUGGAGCUGGAGCGGAACAACAACUCGGCCAACGGCAAGCGGAAGCCCGGGCCAGCGGGGGGCGACAGCGAGCCCAACCUGAUCGACUGUCUGCUGGUCAGCCCGGCCGUCAACACGCUGUCCAUCCAGCUGCCGGCGCAGGCGGACCGAGUGCUGGGCUGCUUCGCUCUCAUCCUCAAGAUGCUGUCGGACUACGAUGACUGGAGACCUGCUCUGGCCAGCCUGCUGCAGCCCAUCCCCUUCCCCAAGGAAGCUCUGGCUCAUGCCAAGUUCACAAAGGAGCUGAAGUACGUCAUUCAGAGGUUUGCAGAGGACCCGAGGCAGGAGGUGCACUCUUGCCUCCUCAGCGUACGCUCAGGUAAAGACGGCUGGUUCCAGCUCUACAGUCCAGGGGGCGUGGCCUGUGAUGACGAUGGGGAGCUGUUCGCGAGUAUGGUUCACAUCCUGAUGGGCUCCUGCUACAAAACCAAGAAGUUCCUGCUGUCUCUGGCUGAGAACAAGCUGGGCCCCUGCAUGCUGCUGGCCCUCAGAGGGAACCAGACCAUGGUGGAGAUCCUGUGUCUGAUGCUGGAGUACAACAUCAUCGAGAACAAAGACACUCAGCUGCAGAUCAUCUCCACCCUGGAGAGCACACAGACGGGAUUUCGGAUGUACGAGCAGCUCUGCGACCGCCAGCGAGAGCUGAAAGAGCUGCAAAGGAAAGGAGGCCCCACCCGGCUGACUCUACCUUCCAAGUCCACGGAUGCAGAUCUAGCUCGCCUGCUGAGUUCAGGCUCUUUUGGGAACUUGGAGAACCUGAGCCUGGCCUUCACCAACGUCACCAGUGCCUGUGCUGAACAGCUCAUCAAGCUGCCUUCACUCAAACAGCUCAACCUCUGGUCCACACAGUUUGGAGAUGCAGGACUGAGGUUGUUAUCCGAGCAUCUGGCCUGCCUUCAGGUCCUCAACCUGUGUGAGACUCCUGUGACGGAUGCUGGUUUGCUGUCUCUCAGCUCCAUGAAGAGUCUGUGCAGCCUGAACAUGAACAGCACCAAGCUCACGGCCGACACCUACGAGGACCUGAAGGCUAAACUCCCCAACCUGAAAGAUGUGGAUGUUCGCUACACGGAGGCCUGGUGAUCGUCCUCAGCCCCCCUUAUCCACCACACAAACACACACACACACACACGCACAUGCACACAGUGAUGUCAUCACCAUGAACGCUACCAUUAAACCAGGAACUCUGACAUCAUCCUGGUAGGAAGAGCCCAAUCAUGUGACUGGUGGAGCAGCCUUAUCUUCUUUAUCAUCUUCAUCACCGCCCUAGAGUGACGUGUGGAAGGAACUGUCAAUCCUGCAUCGCUUCCUGGACCUCGCUGCUCCCUCUACCUGCAGGGAGGAGCUUUUUACCGCCAUUAAAGGACAUUAAGGACGAUUCUGGGACCUUCGUCCUUCAUCCUGUCUCUCAUAAACAAUCUCCCAGAUGUGGCUCUGCCGAGUUUCCCCUCCCAUCUCUGAGGAACGUCUUGUUUUUGCUGCCAUUGUGCGAUGGAGUCCGGAUAUGCUACAUCACAUUCUGGACGGUCCCAGAACUGAACCAUGAUGUAGCUUCUUAAAGGGACAAGCUGGAAAACCACAUCAGGUUUUCAGGUUCUGGCUCUGUCACUGGAGAAAUGAGGUGCUACCUCCCAAGAAAAGAAGACUGUGCCUACUCCUCAUUUACAUCACACAAACAAACAAACAAUAAGCAACAUUUUUAUGGACGUGAAUUAACAUAUUUUUCCAGACAUCUGUGCUUUCAUAUAAUGUGUUUCUAUCUAAAACCUGAUGAACCACAGCCCUCCGGGAUAGUGAGGUGGCCAUGACCACGUCUUUUCAUUUCCUUUUGGUUUCCAUGGUGAUGAUUUGAAUUGAACAGCUGUAGCUGGGUGGUCUGGGACCGCCUCAUAUUUAUACAUGGUCUCUCCUGGAUGUAUGGAGACCACAUGUUCUUCUGGUUUUAUUUUUUUUUUUUUAAUGCCAACCAAAAUGAGAGCCAAUCAUGGGUCUCCCUGUUUGCUGCCAUGAUGGAGGCCUGUGGCAUGGACCGAAGCAGACCCAUCACCAGCUGAAAGUUGGACAUUUUCACGUUUGCAGAGGUUUGGAGCGGAGGGGACACCUGCCAAACACCCUCUCUGACCUGGUCCAGGAUGCCAACGUGGAGCUUUGCGGCCGCCGGUGUCUCUGGUGGAAACGUCGGCCAUAAUGGGACGAGCGACGGGGGCGUGAAAUAUUCCCCCUCGCUGGCUCCCUCCACGCCACGCUGAAGCUGCCCUGACUCACUCUGAGUGCUUCUCCUCGCCAUCUGUGGUGGACCUGGGCUCAAACAUGUCUGACUGCAUCCAUCCAUAUAAUUUAUUGGCGAACCAGAGGACCGGACACUGUCCACAACGACAUGCCUCGUUUCCUAUUUAUAGGUUGCCAUGACAGUUUUGUGUUUGGCCCCAGCUCUUGUUGGGGUCCAGCUUUAGGACAUUUCUCAUUUCCUGUCUGGUGUACAUACCCGUGUAUAUAGCUCUCUUCUACUUUCCUCUCUUCUUUUUCUUCUUCAUCUCUUUUCUGUACUUCCCAGCGUCCUUUUGCCAACAGGCAGGCGUUGCCUUCAUCUUAAUGUGUGUGUGCUUGUAUUUUUUCACACAAAGUGCACUGUAAUCUAAACAAUAUCCUCUCAUUAGUUUCUUUGAUUUGGUAGGUUUAAACAAAGAUUGGUUUCCUGUCUUCAGUUUUGUUUUUUUACUUUUUUGUUUUUUUUUUGCAUGUACAUGUCGCUGCGUCAUCUAACAGUUUUCAUUUAGUAAUUUUAUUUUCUAAAUGCGAUAAAGGGUUUGAUCACUAUAUGCGGUGAAGAGAUCCCAUCCACUGGUUUUCUUACCAGGAUCUACCCGUGCACCUUUUGGUGGAGACAGUUCAGGUAUGAUAGAUACUGAUUUUCUAAGAAGCCAGUCACACUUUUUGGCACUCUUUGGACUGCAGCUAAGACUUAUUCAUUGAUAUGUGGCCAUACAUAUAUAUAUAUAUAUGCUAAUAUUUCCUCAAGAAUGUUGUUCAGAUAAUCAUAUCAGAGGUGGAACACACCGACUGUUAUUUUUUUAAUUAAGUUGGUGGUUCCACAUGAGCAAAGCUGAUAAUUCAGUCUAAAUUUACUGUAGUUUCAUUUUAUCCUUUAUGUUUUCUUCAGUGUGCGUGUUUUAAAGGAACCACUGCCAUUUGGAAAAUAGAUUUUCAUGUUUCUUGAAGAGCAACCGAUGAAGAAAAGGGAUGAAAAAAUGUCCCGUUUACUGUGAUAACAUCGAGCAGCCAGUUGGCUCAGCAGGAAGACUGGAAACCCCGUCUGCAUCCAAACCCGCUUCACACGGCAACCACAUCAGCAGCAGGUGGAGCCCAUUCCCCAGUUAAAUCCAGUUAAAACCACUUCGACCUGAUCAUGAUGAUAAUGAUGAUGACGAUGAUUGGUGAUUUUGAGAACUCAGUUUUUUGCUUUUCUACCAGUAAAAAGCUUUUGCUUUUUUUAAUUGAAUUAGUUAUUUCUUCAUUUUUUAAAAAAUUAUUAAUUUAUUAAAAAAAAUUACAUUUUUUUAUAAACUUUUAUUGUUAUUAUUUUCCUAAAUGUAUUCAGUCAGUGUCGGUGUGUGGGAUGGUACUUGGCCAACCCAGAUAUAUAUGCACAAACGAAAAAUCUUUUUUUCUUUUAUAUGAAAGAGUUAAACUAAAAUGUGUUUAAGAUGAGGUGGACAGAAAUAUUUACCAUGGUUGGAAGAACCAAGGAAAAGGAGUUUUAGUUCUCUAGUCGGAAGCCUGCAGGUUUAACGAAGGCUGAUCAGAUCAGAAUCAUCUUCAGGCUUCAGCAGAUCUGGUUCCUACACGAGUUCCUACAUGAGUCUGACUCGUGUCCGGGUGUGUUUGAGUCUGAGUUGUGUCCGGCUGCACUUAAGUCUGAGUCUAGUCCGGCUGCGCUCCAGUCCGAGUGUUUAAAUCCGAGUAGUCUCCAGCUACACUCCAGUCUGAGUCGUGUCCAGGUGUGUUUGAGUCCGAGUCAUGUCCGACUGUGCUCGAGUCCUAACGGUAGUUGUAGGACAGCUCUGACUGAAUAAAAGAAGAACUUUUCCCUUUCCCUGUAGAAAAAAGGUUUCUGGGCAGCUGGAAAAGGGUCAUCCAUUGUGUUUCUCUCUUUUUCAGUCGCAUUGAUCUGCUUCUCCUGCUGGGUUAUUAUCAUUAUUGUUAUUAUAAUUAUUAUUAUUAUUACUGCUGCUGCUGCUCUGUGGCUGUUGUAAUAAAAAUACAAAAGAUCUUUGACAGGAAAAAUAAUGAUGUGAAAUAAUUUCAUUGGAAAAUAAAUUGUCUGUGAAUUUG